AUGACAAGCCAGAUCGACAGCUCAGCAACGUUUGAUACGAUUGACCUUCCUCCCGAAAUCAAAACGAAAAUCGACGAAUUACCAGUCAACCAACUUCCAACAGAUUCAUCGAGCACUCAAAAGAAAACAACACAAAACAACAUCUUUUUUGGACAACAGAAAAUUGAUGAGAUCAGAAAUUUGGAUCACCACGUAGCGCCAGAUUUGCGCAAUAGAGACCACGAAAAGUUCAUCACCCCACUAUCUGCACAUUCCCUCAACAACUCACAACCGACUUCUGGUUCACAACCAUCAGACGACUAUAAAAACGAAAUUGAUCUCAACAAAAUAAAAUCGGAGAAAGAAGGGAAAGUUGAUUCGAACGAAAAGAAAGAGAGCGAGUCACUGAGUGAAAUCAAAGCGGACUCCAGUGGUAUUGAUUUGAGUAGUAUCGAAGCAGAGGAGAAGAAAGCCAGCUCCCCGAAAUUGGUCGACACGGCGAAAACGGACGAAGUUGAUGUUGUCAAAGUCUCACAGCCCAAAUUGCCGAAGCAAAAAACGCCCACUGCUGUUGACGAGAAGUCUCCGCACUCGAAGAAAACGAGUUCAGGCCUUUCGAAAAAGGUAGGGAAACAGCGACUGUUUCAGGGCGUCCAACCAACUGAUUUCAAAGAGAAGAAAGAAUUGUCGGAGUUUGAAAAGAUGGAGUUGUCGUAUGUUUCUAAGGUAUCUCCUGUGGAUAAUAACGUGUCAAGUCUUACCGAAGAGAAAGAGAAACCAUCGAGUCAAAAUGUGAAAGAGUUGUUCAAGAACUUGAAUAAGAAAAAGGGGGAGAAAGCGAGUCAGAAGAAGCGGAUGGAGAACAUCGAGAAGAUGAUGGAGAAGAAGAGUCCACAAACAACGGAGAAAGACUCGCAAAAGAAAAGUGGGUCGCAGAAAAAGCUGACGCAACCAACGUCGAGCGAUGAAGUGAAGAUGAAAAUUGAUGAGAAGAUGACGCAGGUGCCUGUGAAAUAUGAGGACAACACUUCGACGGUGAGUGGAAUGGAGAUCGAGACCUUAGCGGAAUACACGAAGAAGAAUCGAACGGUGGGGAAAAAGAGUGAAGUUCCUACGAUGGUAGUAGAUGAUGAGAGUGAGAAGAAAGCGAUGAAAGAGGAGUUGAAAGUCCACAAAGAAGGGAAUGGAAAUGAAAUGACCAAUCCCGUCGAACAAGAAGACCGAAUGAAUUGGGUGAAGUCACUUGGUAAAGUGAAGGAGGAGAUCAAACGAGAACAUGUGGAUGAGGAAAAGAAGGUGGAUGGAAUAUUCGACCAAAUGAAUGUUUAUGUGAAAACACCACCACAACGACAGGUGGUUGAGUCUGAUAAAACCAUUCCAUCGAGUCAACUUGCUGAAGUGAAGAAGGAGAUACCAAUGGUCGAGGUGGUGGAGAUACCAAAAGAGAGGAAAGAAGACAUUAAAAUGGACGAAGAGGUGAUGAACAACUUUGCGAUUGAGAACAACGAUAUUGUUGAGAAUAAUGAUAUUCAAAUGGAUACAAUGGAAGAUAUUAUUAAGAAACAGUUGAGUCAAGUUGAUGAACUGGUGAGUGGGGUAUCGAAGAAUCCAUCACAGAAAAUUAAAGCGAUCAAAUUAGCGAAAAAAGAGGAGAAGAAACCGACUCCUCGUGCAGAAACAAUGGAGAAGGCAAAAGAGAAAGGGAAGGAGAAAAAGGGGACAACUGUGUCGAACAAGAAAGAACCGAAAAAACUGUUAAAAACGGUGGAGAAGAAAAAACAAUUACUGAGUGGGAAAAAUUCGAUGAAAAAGCUGAAGGAAGACGAGAAACAAAGUAUUUUGGCGAUGGUAGAAAAUGAUUUUGAAGAGAAGAAAAAGAUGAAGGACACGCCGAAAGGAGAGAGCUUACUCUCAACACUCUCGGAAAUUAAACGGGACGAAGAGUGGGAGGAUGCACCGAUCACGAAGAAAAAGGCGGGAAAGGUCUUGAUGGAUUUGAAGAAGGAACAACCGAAGACUACAGAAAAGGUUAAAACGCCACUCAUAAGUGAAAUAUCUGAGAUUAAGAAUGACAACGCCGUUGUUAUAGAAACGCGACAAGACAAGAAGGGGGAGAGUCAAAAGAAAGUCACAGAAGAACUCCAAACGGAGAAGAAACCCAAAACACAAGAAGAAAAGAAGGAAGAUAGGAAAGAAGAUAAGAAAGAGAAACUUGAGAAGAAAGAAACGAAGUUAAUCAAAAAGGACAAAAGUGGGAAGAUAACAAAAGUUGGGAGAAAGGUGAAGGAGAGCCUUAAAGAGUCUGAAGACGUUGGGAGUGAAGAAGAGAAAGUCGACAAGUUGGAGGAGAAGUUGAAGAGUGAGAAAAUUAUCAGUAAACCAGAGAAGAAAGUAACAACAAAAGGAACAAAAGAAGUAAAAACGGAGAAGAAGCCAAGGAAAUUGAAAAGCUCAAAAAGCUUGAAAAGUUUGAAGGAAGAAUCAAGUGCGAGUAAAUUGAAAUCUACGUUCACCCCAUAUGUCCCAACACCAGAAAAGAAAAAACCAAAAAAGAGUGUGGAGAAGUCGAUGGAGACAGUUACUUCGGAAGAAAGCGCUUCAGAAAAUACAUAUUCGAAAGAAUUGAAUAUAGUCAAAACAUCAAGCGAGAGCGGAAAUGAGUGUUACGACAUAGAAAAGAACCCAAAUAAUGAGAAGACGACAGUCUUUCAAGGGAAGAAACUUGAAACGUUUAUUGAUCAAUACCAGAGUGCGAGAAGAGUCCUUUAUGGCCAAAAUACAUUUGGAAGGAAACGACAAUUUCCGUUGUAUAGAAGAGUGCCGUAUUAUGAUUUUCGAUGGGGUAUGACUAUCGACGACUUUCCAGAAUUAAAGGAAGAAGAUAACAAGUGGAUUGAAAAGUUCGAGAGAGAGAAAAAGAGGAAGAUGAACUGA